GGGCCGUCUGGGCCAUAGCAGAGGAGAGGGGCAGCGUGCCUGGCACAGCAAAGCCGCCGUCAUGGAAGAGCCGGGACACCGCGGGGGACAUGCUGUCCUGGGGAUGGUGGGGCGGGGAGAUGGCCUCUGACCGUACAGAGGCACUAUCGCUGAAGAGCUGGGACAGGAGGACAACCAGAGGAAGGAGGGGCCGGCCGCGGAAGCCAGCCGCCCCGAGGACAGCGCCAGGGAGGCGUCGGGGCAAAGGGGCGGCCACAGCAAAGAUGCCCAUUGGAGAAAGUGAGGCCGAGGUGUGGACCACCCCAGGGCCAAAGAGAAGGAGAACAGGAGGAGCAGCCCCCACGGCCUCCCAGGCCACCCCGCCUUCCGCCCCUUUCCAGGGCCUCGCCACACAGAGAGGCCAGAGGCUGCGGGCCAGCAAUUUCCGCUCUGAGCCCCAGUGGGAUUUUGAGGAAAAUUACAGCUUGGACACUGGGGGCCGACAGACGACCUGCCCUGACUCACUGAAGGUCAGAGCCUCCAAGUCACUGUGGUUCCGGGAACUCUUUCUGGCCAACCUCACCCUCUUCCUGGACUCCAGACAUUUCAACCGGAGUGAGUGGGACCGCCUGGAGCACUUUGCCCCGCCCUUCGGCUUCAUGGAGCUCAAUUUUUCCUUGGUGCAGAACGUGGUGACACGCUUCCCCCCAGUGGCGGAGCAGCAGCUGCUCCUGGCCAGCCUCCCAGCGGGGAGCUCCCGGUGCGUCAGCUGUGCCGUGGUGGGCAACGGGGGCAUCCUCAACAACUCCCGCAUGGGCCGAGAGAUAGACGGCCACGACUACGUGUUCCGCUUGAGCGGAGCUGUCAUCAAGGGCUACGAACAGGAUGUGGGGACUCGGACGUCUUUCUACGGCUUCACUGCCUUCUCCCUGACCCAGUCACUUAUUAUACUGGGCAGUCGGGGCUUCCAGCACGUGCCUCUGGGGAAGGAUAUUCACUACCUGCACUUCCUGGAAGGCACCCGGGACUAUGAGUGGCUAGAAGCACUGCUUCUGAAUCAGACCCUGGUGAAAAAUAACCUCUGGUCCAGGCGCAGGCCCCUGGAAGCUUUUCGGGAAGCCUUGCAUCUGGACAGGUACAUGUUGCUGCACCCAGACUUGCUCCGCUACAUGAAGAACAGGUUUCUGAGGUCUAAGACCCUGAACACUGCCCACUGGAGAAUAUACCGCCCCACCACUGGGGCCCUUAUGCUGCUCACUGCCCUUCAGCUCUGUGACCAGGUGAGUGCUUAUGGCUUUAUCACCGAGGGCCAUGAGCACUUCUCUAAUCACUACUAUGAUAAGUCAUGGAAAAAAACGAUCUUUUACAUCAACCAUGACUUCAAUUUAGAGAAAACACUGUGGAAGCGGCUACAUGAUGAAGGUAUAAUCUGGCUCUACAAGCGUCCUGUGACUUCCACACCAAAGAUCUGACCUGGCUACAGCAGUUCCUUCAGCCCACCCAAGGUGCAGGGUGCGGUGGGAGUCUGAGACCGUUCUAGCAUUUUCCCAGGGCUCAGACCAGCUCCAAGCUCCCCAGACUUGCAAGGGAACAAUGAUGUGGUAGCGGGGCUGUCCUCAGGGCUGCAGACCUCUGACAGCUUUGGGGGACUUUGGAAAGUUGCUGCAGGUCUGUUCCGUGGAAGGGGCACUCUGCUCUUGAGACCAAGGAGUUUUAACUAAACGGGGUGAUGAGUGGUUAAUACCAUGACUCCUGCUGAAAUCAUCCUUCAUGGCCCAAAAGUCACCUGGUGCAGGGGAAAGAGCCUGACCUUCUGGAGACAAAGAGAUUUGGAUUUGAAUUCCAGAUCUUCUAUUGAGUUGCUGUGAAGUCUUGAAGGCAUUAUUUAAUUUCACUCUAGAUCAUCUAGAGGAGCCCUCCAGGGGUUAUCUGCUUCUCGAAGGAUCUGUGCCUUUCCUUGCCAUUUGAGCUACAUGACAACUCUCAGGGUUGUAGAAAACUGAUAAUUAAAAAAUGGAGAUGCAAGUAAAUUAUGUACAAUAAAGAUGCAGGCAAUGAUUCUCCUGUGGCUGGAGACCAGUUUUGUACCUAUUAGCAAAUUCAUUUUUGCAUUCCUGAUUGUCCCUGUGCGUGUCUGGACUUCGGGUUGUCCUCUGAACCAGUGUUACAUCUUACUAGUUUCUCCAUUGAUUAGUGAGCUCAAUAAAUUCUUUAGCAUGUG